GAGGCAACCCUGUGUAAUAAAUUUGGAAAUGUCAAAAUUUGUAAAAUUAUGCGAAUUUACGGAUUACGGUGUGCCAGAAAGUUAAUUAAACGCGAUUAGACAAAAGAAAACAAACAAAAAUCUCAAAAAUAUAUCAAAAAUGCCAAAGAAAAUGGGAACUAAUUCGAAGGCAGUGGAGGCCCGCGAACGCAAGCAGGCUGUGAAACAAGCCAAUAACGAACGGGCAGUGAAGGAGGCUGAGGAUCGACUCUGGCAGGACAAUGAUCGAAGUCUUGCUAAGAAGCAACAACGUCGCGAGGAGGAGGAAAAGAAGCGUGCUGAAGCUUUGCGACGAAAGGCGGAAGCAAAGGCGCUACUUGAUCAAGAAAUGUCUUCAAUUAAGACACAAGGUAAACAGCCACUGGCAAAGAUUCAUCGUCAACAAAUCUUGGAAGAGAUGGAAAAGAAACAACGUGUUAUCGAAGCCAUAAACGCAGCUAAGCCACAGACGGGAGCACGCAUAGUAUUACCAGAGCCAGUCAUCGAAGAAAACUUCAAUCGAUCUAUGGCGGACGUAGAGAUAGCGACAAAUGUCGAUCAAGCUUUGGCAGCUUUAAGUGUAAAAGACGAUGAGGAAGACAAGCAUCCUGAGAAGCGAAUGCGUGCAGCUUAUCGAGCAUUUGAAGCAGCUAAUCUCCCGCGUAUUAAAGCGGAGAACCCAUCGCUAAGGAUGACACAAUGGAAGCAAAUACUAAUGAAAGAAUGGAAUAAAUCACCAGAAAAUCCAUUCAACCAAGCACGCUGAUAUGUUUCCAUUCGCCAUUGGUAUUGUGAUCAACCGACUGAUUUACUGGAUCUGAGUUUGGAACAUAAUCGAGUGCUCGCGGCAAUCCCAAGUGCUGUUCUUAUAAUUUUAAUUGCUUGCACAUAUUCCAUAUAGUGCGCAUACAUAUUCGUAUAUACAGUUUAUUAUAAAUCUUUUAUUAUUUAGUUGAAAUAUUUAAUGAUACACAUAUUAUGGUUGAAACAAAGAUAAAAGGUAUGCAUUU